AUGGAGUAUGGACAGCACAUCUUCAGCAUCACGAUCGCAGAUGGGCCGAUGCUUCUGUAUGGACCUGACGUCUCGCAGACCGAGGUGUACUACUUCACAAUUGCCGGGCUCAAUGAGAUUGGGGAGGGUCUGAAGAGUGAGAUGGUCUCUGCCUACACAGCUCCUGUUGGUCUACCCCAUCCGCCUUCACUGCCCGUGAUCAACACAUCUCACUCCAGGCUGCAGGUCUCUUGGACCCUCCUCAAUGACGGUGGUACCAACGUCACUGGCUUUGAGGUGGAGUUGGCAGAGUCAGGCGAAGCCUUUGAAGCAGCCCUCAACGUAUCUGAGCCGUUUGUCACGAUCAGCGGCCUAUUAGGCAACAUCACCUAUCGAGUCCGGAUACGCGCCCUCAGCACUGGAGGCCGCUCCUAUCCCAGUCACAUCGCGGAAGCGACCACCGAUGCACCGGUAGUCCCUGAUGCGCCAGCGGACCUGCGCAUGGAAGCGCUGGCACCACACACGGCCUGGCUUCGAUUUACAGCACCGUUGGACGAGGGCGGCCGCCCUGUGGAGGGCUACGAGAUUCUGGUCACGACGGAAGAUGCCCAGUCUGUGGAGACUUUGCAUGUAAACGCUUCACAGGUUGAUGUGGAAGUCCUUCGCCUCCAAGGAUCUCAGUCUUAUGAGUUUCUUGUGUUCGCUUGGAAUGCAAUUGGCAGAUCGAGCUCCGGUACCUCAGCAAACCUCACAAUGCCUGAGCCGGAAGAACCUGGCGAGCCACAAGGCAUCCAGCUGAGCAAUCUCAGCCUCGAAUGGUCGGCACCCUCACAUGACGGAGGGGCACGGAUCGAAGGCUUUGAGGUUUGGUCGCAGGUGGAUGAGGGAGACUGGGCCCUCGAGGUGACUACCAAUGAGACAGCCAUGAAUCUCACGGGCAUGGUGGGCGACACACUCUACAGGUUUCAAGUCAGAGCUUUGAACCGAGUGGGGGCAGGCGCCUUUGCCGCCGCCGUGGAACUGCGAACGGCGGCCUCGGCUCCGCCGGCGGUGAGGAACCUCGUGGCUGAUGUGGCUGAUAACCAUGUCCGCUUGCGUUGGUGGGCCCCGGAGAAGGAUGGCGGCUUUCCAAUCAUUGCCUACAGGAUCCAAGAGGAAGCAGAUGAGAUUUACAACACCAGCGGCAACGUCACCGAAAUCAUGGUGGAAUCCUUGCUUUUGAACACCUCUUAUCACUUCCUGGUCUCAGGUGUCAACCUCUUGGGCGCGGGCGAAAGCAAGAGCAUCUGGGUGCUGACCAGACCCGUGGUGCCUCAGCCCGUGGCUGCCCCGCGGGUCGGGUCACGAACGGCGUCCAAGCUGAACGUGACCUGGACAGCGCCUGAGAAUGGAGGCCUUCGCAUUGACUUCUACACAGUGGAGAUGUUUGAGAAUGGUCUGUUCCUAGAGGUGGGCAAUGUGACCCAAAAUGCUCUGGAACUCGUGGGCCUUCAAGCCAACCAGAGCUACGUGCUGCGGACCUUCGCUUGGAAUGCGCUUGGAAGGUCUUCCGAAGGUGACAUCGCAGUGCUGGAGACGGCUGAUCCCAGCGUGCCAGAGCAUGUAGAGCAUGUGGCCAUUGAUGUGGUGAACUGGAGCGCCCAUGUCGCUUGGGCGGAGCCGCUGGAGACGGGCGGCCUCGAGCUAUUCUACCAGGUCGCAGCAAGUGCCGAACACCAUGAAUUGGUCUCGGAGACCUCCCAUCUCUCGGCGCUGCUUUCCGCGCUGCGCGGCGACCAGGUUUACAACUUCACCAUUUCGGCCUGCAACAGCGUGGGCUGCACGUCGUCGCUGGAGAAGACCUGGAGCAUGGCGGCCUCGGCUCCGCCUCAGGUGGAGGCCCUUCGUGUCCAGGUGCGGCUGCUGCCAGGCGUCGACUUCAGAAGAGCAAAAGGCGCAGAAAGCCGGAACAAGGCGUAUUAUCCGUCAAGCGCCGGAAACGCGCUGUGCCACGCCUGGUGUUUGCGUCGCAAAGCCCGACCACAGUGCCCCCAGAUGGCCAGCGCGCCGGUGCCGAAUAGAACGGGCGAAGACACGGAGAGCAAUGCGAAGAUGACGAUGACGUAUUUUCGGGCAUGGACACUGGACAAAAAACGCGCUGGAGACACAGUGCUGUACAUCAAGCACUUGCGUGAGCCGGGAACGACGUGGGACAGAAGCUUGCGCAGGUGGUUGCUAAAGCUGCCAUGUGCCGAGACAAAGCAAUACGUGGGCAACUUCUUGAGCGUGUACCGCGUCCGGCCGGAAACCGAGCUGGACAAUAGCGACAACGAGGACGACAAGGAAGAGCUGGUUGUGACAGAAGAGUUGUUAGGCAUCGCCUGCCAAACACAUGUGGCAGUGGAAGAAGACCACAACAAGGAAGGCAAGUGGUCCAAACAUCGACGUUUGCUCGUGGACGCGUUACAGCGCGCCGAACAGCACUGGGGUGGCUGCGGCGUAGCGACGAGUGCACCGGGACAAGUGGAAAACCCAUACGCGACAACCGACGCAAAGGGCGUCGUCAAAGGUUUGCAUCGCUUGGCGGAGGCCCCCGCUGGGAACGCAACGCAGACGAGCCUAGAGCCGAGCGUGACGCGACGGCCCGGCCGGUUGCAGGACACCCUGGCGGCAAUCGACCGAUGGAGCAGCGCGGUUGCCGACGGCCCAUGCAACCGCAAACAGGCCGAACUGUGUCAGCGCGUUGCGCAACAGGUCCGCGCAGAGCUGCUGGCAGAAGCCGGUGCCAGGCCGCAACCACUGCGUUGGGUGGUGCACGGGGGUCCCGGCACGGGUAAGUCGCACACGUUGAAAUUGAUCCGUCGUGAGCUCUUUGAGGGUAUCGCCGGGUGGACGCAUGGCUCGCAAUACCGCGUUGUCACGCUGCAGGCGGUGAUGGCCAAGGAACUGGACGGCGAUACCAUUCAUCACGCGAUGGGCUUAAAUUGGCAAGGCGCGUCCGACGACAGGAUCAGCGGAAGGAAAUUCCUCGACCUCAGUGCGAAGGCCGUGCAAUGGCGGUGGCUGAUCAUUGAUGAAAUAAGCAUGGUAAGCGCUGAGCUGCUGGCAAGAAUGGAUUUACGAUGCCGAGAGCUAGUGCGCGAUCUAGCGCAGAGCAAGUACGCCCCGGGCAGCGCACACGCGCAGCCCUUCGGAGGGUUGAACGUACUAGUGGCAGGUGAUUUAUGGCAAUUGCCACCACCACGCGGAACCUUUUUGGGGGAAGUGCCUUGGGAAAUGCUGACCAAGGGGAGCAGCAAAAAAGUCGCCCACACCGUGCAUGGGCAAAAGCUUGUGUGGGGCUCGCAGACGGAGAACAGCAUCAUCCACGGCAUCACAGAACUCGAGCAAUGUGAGCGCACGCGAGACACAUGGCUGCAGACGCUGCAGCAGCAGAUUCGGGAAGGUGCCUUGAGCGCCGACAAUCACGCCUUCCUCCAUGGGCACGACACAGGUGUCCCGGGAAGUUGGUCUGGCGAAAAAUUGGACUGCGAAAACGCAGCGUGCCAGCAACUGCUGCAGAGGAAAGUCGUCCCUGCUCGCAUUCGCAGACUCGAGUGCAAGCAAUGCCAGCACGAACGCGCCUCGAAAAAGCGAGUGUUGGAAGGAAACAUGAGGGGUGAUGAGCAAAGGAAGCUAGAGCAAGCAAAGGCUGUGUUUGCGACGAAUGCGGUGAAGUACCACGUCAACAAGCUGCGGGCGCUAAACUGGGCACGCCAGCACGGGCAGGCGGUCAAAUAUGCCAUUGCAAAAGACACAAUUUCCAGCCGGGCGUUGCAAGAAAAACCGGACUUGGGCAAAGACAAGUUGACAUGGCUACAACGUCACGAUCAGGACUGUGGCGGGCUGUACGGGGUUUUGCCCUUGUGCAUCGGCAUGCCGGUCACGGCAACCGAUCACUUGGAUCGCCGCAGAGGCAUACUGAAGGGAUGUCCGGGCACAGUUGUUGGAUGGAGCUGGCAUGAAGCAGCGGGCGCCGCAGCAGGGAGUACGACACAGAUUUGGAAUGAGCUCCCAAGUUGUGUCUUUGUCCGGUUCCAGACCAAGUCAGAGUGGCGAGUGCAGGGGCUGGCCACGGACAACGUGUUUCCGGUGACGCUCCAACGGCAAGCGUGGCAUCUGGACAAAGGCCGAAAGCGGCCCAUGCUGCGGGUGGUGCGACGGCAAUUUCCGUUGGCACCCGGGUUUGCCACCACGGCGCACGCAGCGCAGGGCCAAACUUACGCAGAAGGGGCAGUCACGGACAUGCAGAUCGGCGAAGGCGGAGACCCGCUGACCGCAUACAUCGCUGUGACGCGAGUGAAAGAUAGACACGGGUUACACAUAUACAGACCAUUCGAUGCUGCACCCUAUCAGAAAGGACGCAGCGUAGGGAGAGCUUUGCUGUUGCAGGCCUGGCGCGGAGAGAGCAUUGACUGGGCAACGUUGCGCAUGCGGCACCGCGAGGAGGAAGUGUGUAGCGAGUGCCGCGAAAGCAAACCCAGAAGCGGGUACAGCGCCGGGCAAUGGAAACGGGACGCGGACGCACGUGUGUGCAGAGAAUGCGUGCGCAACUACGCGGCCAACAACACGCCCUGGCAAUGCAACAGUUGCAAGGCAUGGAAGCACGAAGACGCCUUUGCUAGAAUGUACACGCGCCCCGCAUGCACGUUCUACCGCGUGUGCCAGACGUGCGAGGCACAGAAGCGGUGCUACAAGUGCGGUACGGCCAAGCCGGAAAGUGCAUUCGGGGCGGCCGCGUGGACAGGGCGCCAUGCACACCGACGUGUCUGCAGGGACUGCGCCAUGAAAGUGAAGGGUGCAUGGCGCUGCGCCGUGUGCGCGGAACGUAAGGCGUGCAAUGACUUCAGCGCCUGGUCCAGGCAGCGCACUGCGCCGCAAGGGGGAACGCAGCGUUGCAACGCUUGCGUCCUCAGCGCGGCCCAGCGCGCAGCAGCGCAGCGCGCAAACGACGGACGUGCGCGGUGCAGAGGACGGCCUGCCCGGGCGGAUGCACCGGUCGACAGCUGCCACGGGCAGCGGUGGCCACGAAGUGUCGCUCAUAGAGCCAUACGGCGCCUGGCUGCGACGCGGACGAAAGUAGCCGAAGAAAAGAGACAGCAAGUCAUAGGUCUUGUACGGGAAGAGAUCGCUGACCAUGUGCGACAGAAGCAAGCCGAGGAUGAGGUGCUCUUUCCCCGGGCGCAGGAGCCGAACCGGAGCAAAGAAAGCCAGACGGCUCAAAGCAAGACGGAACCGGAGGCACAAAGGCUCUCCACAGACAGCAUGCCGUCGCGCAAACGCCGCAUGGAACCACGACAAGACAAGCGCGCACAGCCGACGCCCACCAAGACCCAGCCCCGCACUCAGACAAUGCAAGUAGCACAGGCAGAGCCUGCAGCGAAGUGUGCAGAAGACGUGUCGGUGAGCAGCCAAGCCAGGACAGCGCCUCCGCCACAACGAAAGUCGCAGGCAAAGCCGCAACAAGCGACGCAAGCCACCCCGACCGUCGCGCAGACGACAAACGCACCGCCGGCAAAGUUGGCUGGACAGACGGCCGCCGCGGAAACGUUCCAAUAUGCGUGUCCGUUUUGUGAGGUGUCUGUGACCAGCACUGUGCGCACAGGCCAAGUAGAUCACCGCCGUGUGUGCGGGAAGUUGUUUCGUGUCAAAGACGGACACGUUGCCGCCAAGAACUUAGUCUAUGCGUGUCCAUUUUGCAAUGGAACUGUGGCGAGUAACGUGAGGACAGGGCGGGUAGAUCACCGAACCGUGUGCGGCAACCGAUUCCAUGUGAAAGAAGGCACGGUUAGCACACAGACGCGGCAGCAUGAGGUGCUCGCUCCCCGGGCGCAGGAGCCGAAUCGGAGAAAAGAACGCCAGAUGGCGCAAAGCAAGACGGAACCGGAGGCACAAAGGCUCUCCACAGACAGCCUGCCGUCGCGCAAACGCCACAUGGAACCACAACAAGACAAGCAAGCGCAGCCGACGCCCACCAAGACCCAGCCCUGCACACAGACAACGCAAGUAGCACAGGCAGAGCCUGCAGCAAAGCGUGCAAAACACGUGUCGGUGAGCAGCCAAGCCAGGACAGCGCCGCCGCCACUACGAAACUCGCAUGCAAAGCCGCAACAAGAGACGCAAGCCACCCCGACAGCCGCGCAGACGACACUCGCACCGCCGGCAAAGUUGGCUGGACAGACGGCCGCCGCGGAAACGUUCCAAUAUGCGUGUCCGUUUUGUGAGGUGUCUGUGACCAGCACUGUGCGCACAGGCCAAGUAGAUCACCGCCGUGUGUGCGGGAAGUUUUUUCGUGUCAAAGACGGACACGUUGCCGCGAAGAACUUCGUCUAUGCGUGUCCAUUUUGCAAUGGAACUGUGGCAAGUAACGUGAGGACAGGGCAGAUAGAUCACCGAACCGUGUGCGGCAACCAGUUCUGUGUGAAAGAAGGCACGGUUAGCACGCAGACGCGGCAGCAUCCGCACACAUGCCCAGCGUGCCAGACUGUGGAUGCCAUGGCCGCCUCCACAGACCUUGAGCAGUUCUUGGAUGUGAUGGAAGGCCGUUUCGAUCUCGCAAUGGCGAAGCACCAGCAGCAGUUGCAUGACAAGCUCUUGGCGUCUUUGACAAAGAUGCUGGCUGCUCACGAAGAACAGCACAAAGAAGCCAAAGGAAAGCAUCAACGCUGGAGCCACGGGAGCCGGGUCAAGUCCAAGAGCAUGAUGUCCGUCGAGAAUAAUCUGGCGCUCCGGCAUAUACUUUCAGACGUGAUGCCCACCACACCUGCGAGUGCUUUGAGCCCAACGAAAGAGGACGACAGCAUCGAAUCUGUGAGAUCACACAAGCCCGUCCAAAGGGCCUUAUCCAAGAAGAAGAAGCGCCGGGACAGCGUUCCGAGUGUUGCGGCCUUGGAAGCAGCCAUGUUUCAAGACUGUGGGCCUAUAGGUAUGCCCAUUGGCGCUUCCAACAGCCACAGACUCAGCCACAGUGAGGAGCACAGCAAGGGCACGUUCGGUUUGCAUCCGCCCAUGAACAUUCAGGUGUCCCCGCCCAGCUGUUUGGAAACGGGCGAGGGUGAGGUCCUGAUGCCUCCCGACAAAGACAAGGAGGACGCCUCCAGUGCGGGCACCGCCUCGGUGCACCCCACGCUCUUUGGGGUCCCGAGCCCUCGGCCCGCGGGCGAAAUCCAGGUGACGCCGACGAACAUCCAGAAUUUGAUGAAGGAUUCGCAGUCGGCCAUCUUAGCCGAGAUCAAUGAUCGAGUUGAGCUCCAGGAGCUUGAGUUGGACGUUGGCUCACGCUUCAUGCUGGCGAUUCCCAAGCCCAGGAUAUUGACCUGGGUGCUGGGAACUUUGUCGUUCCUUGCGGCCAUGACUUCUGGGAGCUUCCAUGCCUUCCUCAACCUCGGUGGCCUGGGCCUCCAAAGUGACAUCUUCUGCAUAUUCACCAACCUGGUCUAUGGGGUGCUUGCAGUUGCUUGCAUUCGCCUGCUCCGUGUGGCUUUGACCUCUGAGGAGUUGCAUUUGGCCAUCAAUCGGCUGCACCUCUUUGUGGCGGAUUUUCAUUUGGAUUGGAGUGAGGUCUCAGGCCAAGAGUCGCGCAAAUACUGCCAUGCUUGGUUGCUGCUGGUCUUUUCCCAAGUCAUUGUGCAGGGCCUCCAGUAUUAUAUACUCCACACAAGCUUAGGUGUGGUUGAUGGCGCGUACCUGGCCUUCAUGGUUACUGGGGUGGUGCAAGUCUUGGUCUUCGCCGCCUGCAGUGCCAUCGUCAUGGUUGCGGCUUAUGCUCUGUCGCACCUCAUCCUCGGCUUGGACAAGACCUUAGACUGUUGGUGUUGCCACAUCGUCAACACCCCGCACUUUGAGUUCGGGGUUCAAAGCUGGAACAACAUGCAGGCCCUUCUGAAGUGCGUGGGACGGGAGUUGGCCAGCGCUUUCAUAAUGAUGCAGGCGCUGUCAGCUCUUGGCUUUAUGUUUCUUUUAGCCAAUGGUGUGGCCUACGCAUUCAGAAUCGACGUGGAUCUCUUGCCCACGCUGGUGGAAGGCCUAGCAGCCCUACCGUUGAUUUUCCUUUUCGGUUUAGGCAUGCGUCUUUUCUCUCACGGUGCAUCUCUGACUGAAAAGUGCCGCUUGGUCCCCGCCUUCGUGAACCAGAUCCCUGGGGAGGAGGGGAUCGAUUUGGACAAGCAGUAUUUGGUAAAUUUCAUCGCGAACAGCUCUGCUGGUUUUUUUGUGCGCGAUGUCAAGCUGACGCAAGAAAUGUUUGUGAAACAAUUUAUUUUGGUCGGAGGAAUUCUGUCAGGAACCUUUGGAGCCCUGUCCCGAAUCUAUGCCAUGUAG